AUGCCUUCGGUCCUGGCAAAACGUCGGGAGAUCGGACGCGUUCUUGUGUGUCAGGGAGAGGAAGGUCACUAUAGCCACAUAUGUUUCUCCCGAUGGCAGCAGAUAGCGUUAUUCCGACGCUUUCCCGACGUACGUAUGCCCGAGCAAACCUAUCAGCGUCCUCGUCAUAUGCACUCUUGUCAAAGCGAAACUACGAAUAGCCUCUAA